AUGCAUCCCGACAGGAUAGCACGAUUACCCCACAAGGUUGCGGCCCUCGCAGACCCUCCCAAUUUCCCCAAGAAGGCCCUCUUCGAAGAGAGCGAUUCCGACUCUGAUGAUGGCGGGGCCGCUGUUGAAUCCGGGAACUUCAAGGUGAAUAGCGAGUAUGCGAAGAGGUUUGAGCAUAACAAGAAGCGUGAGGAGAGGCAGAGACUCGAGGAAAAGUUCAAGAAAGAAGGCAACGAUGAGGACGCUUCCGACUCUGAAUCAUCCGACGAAACAGAAGACGAAGACGCAUUCCUCGCCACCGAAGAUCUAGACGCCCGCAUCUCCGAGACCCUCCACGCCCUACGGACAAAGGACCCGCGCAUCUACGACAAGAACGCCAAGUUCUUCUCCGAGGCCGCGCCCGCGGAAAACGGCGCCGAGAAGAAGAAGAAAGAGAAGCCCAUGUUCCUGAAGGACUACCACCGAGAACGGUACAUGGCCGGAGCGACGGGCGCGUCGGACUCGGAACCUGACGAUGAGGAUGCUGAGAAACCCAAGACGUACGUCGAGGAACAGGCGGACCUCAAAAAGGCUAUCCUCGCAGAGAUCGACGCCGCUGCUACCGGGGGCGCUUCGGACGACGACAACGAAGACGCGGGCUUCCUCAAGCCCAAGCCCAAGUCCAAGAAGCAGCUCGCCGAGGAACAAGCCGAUGAAGCCUCCAAGAAAUCCUCCGCCGUCCUCACCGAGGCGGACAUCCAAAACGCAGACAAGAACCCCGAGCUGUACCUCUCCAACUUCAUGGCCGCCCGCGCCUGGGUAGGCCCCGACGGUUCCAACUGGAAAGCCUUCGAGUCGGACGACGGCGACUCGGACCUCGAGAAGGCGGACGAGAUCGAGGCGGCGUACAACAUGCGCUUCGAGGACCCGUCCAAGUCCAAUGAGAUCCUAAAAUCGUACGCGCGAGACGUCGCGGCGCAGAAAUCCGUGCGGCGCGAGAAGAUGAGCGCGAGGCAGCGGCAGAGGGAGGCGGAGAGGGAGCGCAAGGAGGAGGAGAAGAAACAGCGGAGGGAGGAGAAGGCGCGGUUGAAGAAGUUGAAGUUGGAGGAGGCCCAGGGAAAGUUGGAGAAGAUUAAGAAGACGGCGGGAUUGAGUGGGAAGGAGCUUAGUGACGAUCAGUUGUUGGAGAUUCUUAAUGAUGCUUGGGAUGACGAUAGGUGGGAGGAGGAGAUGAAGAAGAGGUUCGGCGAGGAGUACUAUAACGAAGAUGACAAUGGCAUGGCUUCGAGCGAGGAGGAAGGAGAUGAAGACGCCGAGGGCUCCGAGAAGAAGAAGAAAAAGAAGAAGCCUAAGAAGCCGAAGUGGGAUGACGACAUCGACAUCACCGACGUAGUCAAAGACUACGAAGAUGACGCGCCGGCCUUCACCUUAAGUGACAUCGAGGAAGACCAAGAAAUGGCGGAUGCCGCGGCAGACGAUCAAGAGGAAGCCUCCUCAGACUCAGACUCCGACUCCGACUCCGACUCCGACUCUCGCCCCUCCAAGAAACGCAAAACCUCCAAAGACCACAAGAAAGACCGCCUCGCCGCAAAACGCGCCUCCAAGCAAGAGCGCGCCCGCCUCGAAGCCCUCGUCUCCACGAAGCUCGAGAUCGACGACCCAGACCUCCUCGCCCUCGGCGCGUCAGCUUCCUCCUCCAAAAAGUCCGCCCCCACCCUCUUCCGCUGGCGCGAGACCUCGCCCCGCUCCUUCGGCAUGACGGCGAGAGACGUGCUCCUCGCGCCUUCCGACAAGGCGCUCAAUCAGUUUGCGGGUAUCAAGAAGUAUGCGAGCUUUAGGGACCCCGAACAGAAGCGCAAGGAUAAGAAGAGUCUGAGCAAGAAGGCGAGGCUAAAGAAGUGGAGGCGGGAGGUGUUUGGUCGGGAGUAUGAGGAGACCGGACCUGACUUUGGCUUCGAUGCCCUCGAGGGUGUAGAGGACGACGCUGAGGAGAUCAGGGUCAAGAAGAGGAAAGCAGAUGAUGAGGACGAGACCAAGGAGAAGAAGAAGAAGAAGAGGAAGAGGGGCCAUAAAAAGUCUACUGCUGAGGUUUGA